AUGCGGGGCCGGACCCUGAACCCUCGGACCAUUUACCCAGUGUUGCCGAACCUCGUUGCCCUCCUGCCCAUGUCCUGUCAGAAGCGACUUCACUGCAAAACCCCCAGCCAGGAUCUCUCUGUGGACACCGCUGUGUUUCCGGAGAAGGUGAGCAAUGGGAUGCUGAGGGGCAGCAGAGACAAGGAGACCGUGGAUGUGCCUGAGGACGGCCCAGCCCACCAGGGGAUCAGCCCCACCUUCAUCCUUCAGGAGGCCUCACUCUGAUCUGGAC